CUAGACCAUGCUCAGCUUGAUAAGCUCGCGAGCUAGCUUGAUUCGGUGGCUUGUCGAGCUAAGCUCGCGAGCUGCCUUGUUUUGAGCUUGUGGAAGGAUGAAUUACUCUUUUAAACAUGAACAUUGUCUUAUAAUACAGAUGUGUAUGAAAUUUAGAUGUUAUUUCUAGUUUCUAGUGUUCUUUCUAUCAUUUAAAUUCUUAUGUUUAUACAUUUUUCCAGCAAAAAUGAUUUUAAAUCGAGCUCAUCUUGAGCCGAGCUUGUACUCAGCUUAACAAGCUAUGUUAAUGAGCAUUUAUCGAGCUCUACCGAGUCGAGCUCGAGCUAGAUUAUUUUUAUUCAAGCCGAGCUCGAGCUCGAGCUCGAGCUGGAUUAUCAAAAUUCGAGUUCGAGCCGAGCUCGAGCUGAAAAAUUAAUAAACGAGCCGAGCUCAAGCUAAGCAAAAACUCGACUCGACUCGGCUCGUUUGCAGCCCUACCCUUAACACACACCUUUUUUUAAGCUGACCUGACAUAUAUGUCUUCACCGUUUGUUGAUAUUGUGCCUCCAUUUAUUCUCAUUUUCCUUCACAGGUUGGUUGAAUUGAAUCAACCGGUUAGGGAUUGGGGUGGGUUGGUUAGGUGAUAGUUAGCAGGUGCUGGUUUGUUAAUUGAAGUGGGCAGAAAAAACUUCCAAUAAUUACCCGUUUGAUUAUGAGGUAUGUUCAUUGUACUUUGAAGUUGGAAACUGAAUCUCUUAAACCUAUACAAUAGUUUUAAUUGAUUUUUGACAUGAUAUAUAGCAGAGUUUGCGCUGAUAAUGAAAGAAUGCAUACUCGAAUUUUCGUGACUCCAAAUAUCAGUAGUUAAAUUUUAAGUACUAGAAAUGAUGAAACCGCACAAACUUUCACAUCAUAAUUCAUUGGAUUUCGUUUGAAAAAAGUAUAUAAAAAAUAAUAUAUUUCAUAUUCUGAAACUUCUCUCAACAACUCGAAUUUUAACGGAAUUCUCUACAUGAUUCGCUAUACUAGUUAGUGCUCUUAAUUAAUAAGGAAGAUACAUUUAUACAAUCAUUCCAACAAACGAGCUGCCUUCAAGUGACUGCCCCUAGUUCCGGCAAAGAUGACUUUACUUUUGGGAUACCCCAUUAAUAUUAUUAUUACAUGUAAGGAUUUGUUCAUCUUAAACUAGUGUCGAAGCUGCGACUUUGUUGGGAAAGUAGGGCACAAAAAGCACGAAGAUGCUUCUUUUCAGGUUCUGCUCGGAACCAUCAUGAAAAAAAGAGAGCACUAUCCCUCGUGUUUGCAUGAUUAAAAUUGGAGAAUAGUUUUGAUAACUGAAUGGCCAGAAAGAUAGCUUUUUUUUUGUAUUCGAAAUAUGUUACAUAAACACACGCUUGACUAUACAUAUAUUAGUUAUUUGUGAUAGCUAGUGGUGGAUAUAUAUAUAUAUAUAUAUAUAUAUAUAUAUAUAUAUAUAUACUCAUGCAACAAUUAUAUAUUUAUGUUUGUCCACAUCCACCAAGAAUAUGCAGGCAAAGCUGUGAAAUCUUUGACAAAGAUUCAUUUUUGUUUACUACCAUCCAUUUAUCUCAACAAAUUAAUAUUCCUAAUGAAUGAAUGAAUCACAGCCAAUUAAUGCUAUGUUUUUAAUAAUUUCAAUGAACCAAUUAAUCCUAACUUUUUAGUUGUACACAAAAUCAAUGCUAUGUUUUUAAUAAUUUCAAUGAACCAUUGAUAUUAAUUAGCAGGAAUAAAGCUACAGGAAGCUACCGGAGUUCCGCUACAGCCUGCAGGAAGAAAGCAAAAACCAACUAAUUAAUUAUAUUCAUUAACUAUGUAUUUUUAAUCAAAUUAUAAUAAUAGUUAAUGUAUUUUUUGUCAAAUAAGAUGUGUACUUGUAGUAUAAGAUUUACCGCGUUUCUACAAAAAAAAAAAAAAAAAAUUUACCGCGUUUAACUAACUUUUUAUCCAAUAUCUAUUUUAUUGAUGGAGUUAAGAGAUUAUGGAUCAUAAGCUAAGUGUGAAACAUGUAGGAUAGUACCAAUCUUGCUGUGAUUUAUAUCACCAUGGAAUUUAUAAUAUUAGAUUUAUUAUUAGCAUCAUCAAUUAGGGUUUGCCUCAAUGGUUAAAUCAUGGUGAACAAUUUGCACAUUGUGGAUUUGUGGGUUCGAGACAAAAUCUCACAAUGUUUUAGAUUGAAAAUACUUCAUUUUGAGGGAUUAGAAGUGUCCUAUCAAAAAGUCAAUACAUGAAUUGUGGCUAAAAAUAAAACAGAAAACGACUUACUCUCAAUAAUACAUGCAUGUAUGGACUAAAUACAUCCUCCCAUAUUUCUAUCUCCAAAUGACCCCAAGCAUUCCCCGAAGACAAAUCAAUGGUUGUUUGAAAGUUGUGAUUCGUUUGCAUGAGAUUGUUACUAUAUUUGUAUUGUUUAGAAUAUAUCAUUUUUUUUUGCUUUACAUAAACUAUCACUUAAAAGUUAAAAUGAGUGAUUGUUAUAUCUAUAUUUUUAGCUGAUGUGAUAUUGUUGAUUUGAGAUUGUUAUAUUUUAGCUCUUACAUGAUAUGACAUACACAAUUACACAUAUCAAACGUUGUACGUUUUGCAAUGUAUCAAAUUCAUCAAUACGUAUACACUAUUAUGCAUGUAUUCACCAGAAAUAAUAUAUCUAUUUAACCAUCGCAACGUUGAAAACCAACCCUACUUUUUCUCAGGCAAAUCAGUAAUCAUACCAUUUGAGCUAACUGCAACAAAAGAAUGAUUUCUUGUCGGAGAUUAAAAUCUCUCAGUCCCCUAACCACACAAAUGUGGUCCUUAUAUCAAAUAUUUGUUAAAUUGUCAUUUCUUUCAUCCCCUUUAUCAUGCUCCUUCAUACUCUCAAUUGCACACAACCACACACUGAUCACCACCAUUAAUCGCAAGAAUCCACCACAGAAUAUUAUUACAUACAUACAAUUCCACACAUCCAACGAGCUAGGGGCCAAUAAUAAAGGUGACAAAAAAACUCCAUAGGGACAACUUCGAAACACAGCCAACACACAAAGUGAAAAAGAGAAGAAAAAAAAAGUAAUAGUAAUGUAUUACACCAUUGUCUGCCAUUGACACACCUUUUGUCGAACAAAAACAAGUUGGCAUUGCAUCCCUCUCCUCACAUUACUCAACCAUGUCUCCCCUCCUCCUUGUUAAUUAAAAGCCUGCCAAAAACCCACUGGGGAAAUGCUGAAAAAGGGAUCUGACUCUGACUCUAUUCUCUGCACUUCAUCAUCUCCUCUUCAAUCUCCUCAUCAAAAUUCUGCCAAUAUGUCAGUUUCCUGGAGGCAAAAGUGCUGCCUGAUCUUCAUCACUUUGCUUGCUGUUUUGGUGGCGGUGUCAGAAGCAUCCAGAUUGCCCAAACCCUAUUCAUGGGAACAGAUGUUGCCCAAGAAGCUUCCAACGCCUUCUUCUGCUCCUUCCAAGGGCACCAACUCAAUCACCACUGCUUCAUCUUCAUCAAUGGUGAAAAAGGAUAGAUACGCCGUCGUCUCUUCGUCGGAUGGCAAAGUCUAGCUAGCUAGCUACUCUCUUGAUCAAGAAUGGAGAGGAGGAUUUGAGAAAUUUUUGCAGCCAUAUGCGUUGGAGUACUGGGGUAAUACAUCUCUCCAAAGGAGAGUUAUGUGUGUAAAGAAGAUAACUUGGAGAAGAAUAUUGGAAAAUGACUUUCUUGUUAUGCAGUUUUUUUUUUUUUUUGGUCCAUAGGUGGGUUGGGAUUGUAGGAUGAACUGUAAUUAGAGGGUGGGAUUAAUUGGGUAACAGGGUGAUAAUUACUAUUGUACAUUGUUCAUGGUGAGAAUAUAUAUAUCAUGAUGAUGAGUUGUGAUCCAGGGAUGAAUAUACAUAUAGAAUUGAA